AUGCAAAUAUUUAAAGAACUUGAAGAAUCUCAAUUUCAAACAAGAAUUGUUGAAAGACUUGAAAAAAGUCAAUUGGAUUACUCUUCCUCUGCUGCUCCAGUUUCUGCUAGUUCUUCAUUACCUAAUCAAGAUCUAGAAUUUGAAGAGACUAAUACAGAUGAUAUAAAUGAAGAAAUUACUUUAAAAAUUAAUUGA